AUGACAUGGAUUGAUAAUUUGGUAUGUAUGCCUGUGAUUCGAAGACGUAAUCGAAAUCGUCCAAGUCCUAGUCCAGAACGUGGUCAAUUAAAUGACAUAAUACCUACAAUACCAGAACCGAUAUCUAAAACAAUUACAUCCUCAAAUACACUUCUUCCAAUUAUUUAUCAUCAAAAACAACAAUUACCAACAAAAUCAUUGACAGUAGAAGAACAAACACAAAAUUAUUCAAAUGAUUUGAAUAAAUCAUCAAUGAUGACUGCACCAGUAACAACAACAUCAACAAAAGCUGGUAAUUCAAAUUCAUUACCGGGACGUAAUUCUUCUCAACGUUCAACAAUGCAUAGUAAUGAAAAUAUAUCAAGUAACAAUUUAUCGAUUAGAGAUGAAUAUAAAAAUUUAUCAGAUAGUACUGGUAGUAAUAAAUUCAAUUGGUCUCAUCAACAUAAUGAAUUUGAUACGGAUAUGACACCGACAAUGAAUAAUUCUUCACCAACAUCGAAUAUUUUACGUAAAAAAAAUCUAUCUACAUCAGAUUUAGAUCCAUUAGAAAAGAAAAAACAAUUGGCUCUAAUAAAAGUUGAAGCUAAAUUAGAUAAGGCUCAUCGAUUAUUUAUUACAGCGAAAGAAGGACUUGACAAAAAUAUUGCCGAGUAUCUUCGUUUAAGUGUGCCAACUAGUUCAGGUGAAAUAUUAUCAUCGUCAACAAAACAAGCAUUUGAAAAAAAAAUUCGUACAUUUCAAGAUACGAAAAAAGGAUUAGAAAAAAAAAUAAUAUCCUAUCAAAAUGAUAUUGAACGUAUAAAUGCGGGUGAUAUUCCUCAUUAUACAUCGAAAGAUAUUGUUAAUAACAUUGUUAAACAAACAAUUAAAGUAGCCAGUGGUGGAGGAAAACAUCGUCAUGAUGUUCAAGAUGAUGGAGAUUCAUUAGCUAUAAGUUCAUCAUCACUUACACCUACAUCGUCGUCAUCUCCAACGGCAACGUCAACAGUUACAUCAUCAUCAGCAAAUCAUAAUAAUUUAAGUCAAACAAUAUCGGCACCAACAUCGGCUAAUCCUAAUUUUACAAUGACAUUAGAAGGAAUGGAUAAAAGUAUAAAUAAUAGUGGUGAACAAUCAUCAACGGGUAACUCAAUGACAAAUGAAAUUGGAAACAGUCAAUUUUAUAUCAAUUCUAGCCAUGAAUAUCUUCCCGAUACAGAUAUUAAUUCUUUAUCGAGGUCAAGUCGACGUCCAGACAUUGGAACAGGAGAUAAUUUUAUCCAUGAUCCCACGAAACAAAUCGAUGAACGAUCACCAUCGCAAAAAAGACGAACUACUGAUGAAUCAAAUAAUGAAUUAACUGAUCGUCUAUCAGAACAAUCAUACGAUGGAUAUGGAAAAAAACAUGUUUCGUCCACAAAUGAUCAGAUAUCAGCUAAAAUGGAAAUAAUGUAUAAAACAAUGGAAAAAUUAGAAAACAAAGCAAAUGAAAUGCAAAAACAAGUUGAUCAAUUAACAAAUGUAACUGAUAUUCAACGUGAACAAAUCGAUCGUUUAAAUGGAGAAAUCAAUGAUUUGACCGAUUUACAUCAAGUUGAAAUUAGAACAAUCAGAACCGAUUCAAAAAAUUUGGAAGAUAGAUUAAUUUAUAAAUUUAAUGAUUAUUGGAAUGAAAUGCUUGAUAGAUUAGAUAAACUCGAUACAAGGACGGCUAAAGUGGAACAAAGUCAAACUCAUGGAAUCGAAACAGAAGAGAACACCCAUCGAAUUAUUAGUAAACUCGUUAAUAUUCUUUUGACAAUAUUUGCUAUUAUUCUAUUGGUGUUAUCCUCGAUAAAAAAUGCUGUUUCAUUUGUUGUUUCCUCAAGAAUUCACGCAUUAACAAUUUUAAUAUUGGCACUAUCAUGGCUUACUAUUCAUUACUUGCCAGCAACUUAUCUUCAAACAUCAUUUAUGAAAAAUUUUACAAAUAUUUUUAAACGUUCACGACAAGAAAGCUAUUCUUCUAAUUAA